AUGGCGUACACGUACGAAGCGAAGAACAUGCCCUUCCGCAGGCUAGGCCCGAGCGGCCUGCGUGUGCCUGUCUUCUCCCUGGGCGCAUGGCUCACCUACGGCGAAACUGUGCACGGCGACCCCGUCAAGGAUAUCAUCAAGAUCGCGCUGGACAAUGGUAUCAACAUGUUUGACACCGCGGAAGGCUACGCCAGUGGCAAGGCCGAGCUCGAGAUGGGUCGUGUGUUCAAGGAACUCGACGUCAAGCGUUCCGACCUUGUAAUCACCACCAAGAUCUUCUGGGGUGGCCGCGGGCCGAACGACAUGGGACUCUCCCGGAAACACAUCGUCGAAGGCACGAAGAAAUGCCUCGAACGGCUCCAGAUGGACUACGUGGACGUGCUAUUCGCGCACCGCCCCGACCACUCCGUGCCUAUGGAGGAGAUAGUUCGUGCCUUCAACUUCGUGAUUGAUCAGGGCUGGGCGUUCUACUGGGCCACAUCUGAGUGGACCGCGCGCGACAUCGAAGAAGCCUACCACGUUUCUGCCAAGCUGGGCCUGGUCGCCCCGAUCGCUGAGCAAUGCCAGCACCACAUGUUCCACCGCGAACGCCCCGAGAAGGAGUAUGCGCCGCUCUACCAGAACUAUUCCAUCGGAACGACGGUGUUCUCGCCCCUGGCGAGCGGACUUCUGACUGGCAAGUACAACGACGGCAUCCCCGAGGACUCGCGUUACGCUACCCACUCCGAGUUCUUCAAGCAAUCCAUCGCGAAACUCAAGAGCGAGGAAGGCCAGAAGCAGCUCAAGUCCGUCAAGGAGCUCGCCGAAUUCGCCGAGAAAGAGCUCGGCUGCAAGAUUAACCAUCUCGCCCUGGCCUGGUUGGCAGUUAACCCUAACACGAGCACCGUCAUCCUCGGCGCGUCGAAGCCUGAGCAGGUCGUUGACAACCUCAAGGCGCUCGAGGUUAUCCCGAAGCUCACCCCGGAGGUCCUCGAGAAGAUCGAGAAGAUCUUGGACAACAAACCCUCCCCCUUCUCCUCGUUCGGUCGUCCCGUGCUGGACAAGUUUGGGCGCAUCAACCCCACCUUUGCUUGA